CUUAAAGGUUACAAUAAACCAAAUAUAAUUUUAUUCAAAAAAUUUUCCGUUAUAACCUGUAAAUAUUUUUUUUAAAAAAAAUGUAUUCUAGAGAAUCGGAUACGCUCAAAACUACUUCCCAAUAUUCAGCAAAACAAACUGAUAAUUCAACUUAUGUACCAUUAUUGGAACGAGACGAACAGGAAAAUUCGACGUACACAGACUCUUCUCCGGCAGAUACAAGCACUAAUGAAUAUGAAAAUCGACGUGCUGUUGGUGCAGUGAGAAGUAUACGGCGUGAAGAAAUUGACGUAGAUAUAACUGGCGAUGAACCUUCAGAAGACCAACCAUCGCCAUUUAAAUUUGAGGAUCAAUUUGGUGAAGUUGUUGACGAAGAAAGAGACAAAAUACAGAGAUUAAAUGUGCGGCAUCCACAUUCUUCAACUGCAGUUAGAGAUUAUUUGAAUAAAACUGUAGUACCUACUUUAUUAGCAGGAAUGAAGAAAAUGGUUCGCGAAAGACCGCAAAAUCCAUGUGAAUUUUUAGGAAGAUAUUUGAUUGAACAUUGUGAUCAUGAUCAUGAUCAUAAAGAAGAAAGUAAUACAGAAGUUCGGAUUAAACAAGAAGAUACUGAUUAUUCACCACGUAGCCGACAAAAACAGAGAAGAGGAAGUGGUUCAAGUGCAGAUAAUGGUGACAUGGAUGUAGAUGAUGAUGUUUAACCUUAUUUCAUUUAAAGAAAUAAUAAAUUCAGAAAACAUAUUACGAAAUAUUUAAUCAAUUAAUAGGAUCAUAUUUAUAUUUUAUAUACAAUAAUUGCUUAAAUUAUAUUAUUCUGCGCUGUACAAAUAUUAAGCCAGGUAGGUUUUAUUAUUGUAAUAUAAGAAUGAUGUUGUAAUAGAAUGCAUAAUGUAAUUCCGCAUAGGAUUAAGUUGGAAAUUUGGAAUCAUUUAAUAAAGUUUUGCAAUCGAAUGUUUAAAAGAGAAAUUAUACAA